GGUUUUGUAAUGUUAAUGGUUGGACUUUUGUUUCAAUUUCAGUUAACUGGUUGGCUCUGAAUCCGUGUUCUGAUUAUUGUAAGUGUUGAAUUUGGAGCUUUAGAGAUGAUGGGAAGUUGGGAACUGAUUUUUUUCCUUUUUUUUUUUGGUCUAUUGUUGAAUUUGGACGUGGUUGAGGCGUUUUGUGGUUCAAUUUUGUUAAGACGUGUGGUUGCCGAGAAAAUUUGGGAAAAGAAAAACAGUUGACAUUUUGGGUAAAGGAUUUUUCUUGUUUGGCACCUGGUAAAAUCUAAAAACCGCUGAGCCGGAUGAAUAAUUCUUGGCUUAGUUGGGUUGGGUCUCCAUGUUUUUGGGAAACUAGUGACAUGGUUAGGAUUUCUUCAAAAUUGGCGUGGGAGGUAGGUUGCGAUGAUAUAAAAAAAAAAUGAAUGGGGAUACAAGACGUGUUUGAGUUGAGUUGAUUUGGGAGUUGGCUGACUGUGCCUUCUAACAUGGGACUAGAGGAUAUUGCUCUGUAGCAAUCUUUAGAAGCUUCAGAGAUGACAUUAGAUGCGAUUACUAGUGUUUCUCUUGCUCCGGCUGCAGAAGUUCUUUCUCAGAUUGUAGAGAUUAUGAUUGAGGUUGCAGUUGCAGCUGAUGAUGUCCUGAUUGAGAAGAGGAGUUUUGCAGAGCUCCAACAUUACUUGCAAAGGAUCAUUCCCAUCCUAAAGGAGUUGAAUAAGAAAGGCAUUAGUCAUUCCGAGAGCUUAAACAAUGCCAUUGAGAUUCUCAAUCGAGAGACCAAAGUUGCAAAGCAACUAACGCUUGAAUGUUGCAAGAAAAACAAAGUUUAUCUCUUGAUGCAUUGCCGGUCAGUAGUUCAGCGCUUAGAGAACACUACAAGAGAGAUGAGCCGUGCACUAAGCCUCAUUCCGUUGGCUUCAUUGGAUCUGUCAUCAAGUAUAAUUGAAGAGAUUGGAAAGUUGUGUGACAAUAUGGGGACAGCAGAGUUUAGGGCAGCUAUAGCAGAAGAGGAGAUUUUGGAGAAAAUUGAAGCAGGAAUACAGGAGAGGAGUGUCGAUCGUUCUUAUGCCAAUAAUUUACUGGUUCUCAUUGCACAGACUCUUGGAAUUUCAACCGAGCGGUCUGCAUUGAAAAAGGAAUUUGAAGAAUUUAAGAAAGAGAUAGAAAGCACACAUGUGAGGAAGAACAUGGCAGAAGCUAUACAGAUGGAUCAGAUAAUUGCUUUACUAGGAAGGGCGGAUGCUGCUUCAUCUCCUAAGGAGAAAGAAAUGAGGUAUUUCACCAAACGUAACUCCUUGGGUAGUCAACCAUUAGAACCUCUCCUGUCAUUUUAUUGCCCAAUCACUCGGGAUGUGAUGACAGACCCGGUGGAGACUUCUUCAGGACAGACAUUUGAGAGAAGUGCUAUAGAGAAGUGGUUUGCAGAUGGGAAUAAAUUGUGUCCCUUGACUAUGACCCCUUUAGACACAUCAAUUCUAAGACCCAACAAAACUCUACGGCAAUCAAUUGAAGAGUGGAGGGAUAGAAACACAAUGAUUAGAAUUGCUUCUAUCAAACCAAAACUCUUGUCAGAAGAUGAGGAAGAAGUGCUUAAUUGCCUGGAACAGCUACAGGACCUUUGUGAACAAAGGGACCUUCAUCAGGAAUGGGUAGUACUGGAGAACUAUGCACCAACUCUUAUUAAACUUCUUGGUGAAAAAAACCGGGACAUAAGGAUUCGUGCUCUUCUCAUUCUUUGUAUCUUGGCAAAGGAUAGCGAUGACACAAAGGUAAAAAUUGUUGAAGUUGAUAAUUCAAUAGAAUCAAUUGUUCACUCUCUUGGACGUCGUAUCGAGGAAAGGAAGCUAGCUGUAGCUUUACUAUUGGAAUUAUCAAAAAGUGAUUUAGUACGAGACAGCAUUGGGAAGGUUCAGGGUUGCAUACUCCUCUUGGUGACUAUGUUAAGCAGUGAUGAUAAUCAAGCUGCCAGAGAUGCACGGGAGCUUUUGGAGAAUCUUUCAUUCUCUGAUCAGAACAUUAUACAGAUGGCAAAAGCAAAUUAUUUUAAAUAUUUGCUUCAGCGUCUAUCUUCAGGACCAGAAGAUGUCAAAUGCAUCAUGGCAACAACUUUGGCAGAACUGGAGCUGACUGACCCUAAUAAAUCAUCUUUGCUUGAAGAUGGUGUAUUGGGAUCACUUCUUCCCUUGGUCACAAAUGGUGAACUUCCGAUGAAAAUGGUGGCCAUCAAAGCUCUUAAAAACCUCUCAAGCUUACAAAAGAACGGCCUGAGGAUGAUUAAAGAAGGUGCAAUGCGCCCAUUACUUGAACUUCUCUUUAGUCAUGGCCCAGUUCCAAGUUUGCGUGAACAGGCAGCAGCCACAAUUAUGCACCUUGCCAUAUCAACCAUGUCACAGGAAACUGAGCAGCCACAGGUGUCAUUGCUGGAAUCUGAUGAUGACAUUUUCAAGCUCUUCUCCUUGGUUCACUUGACAGGGCCUGACAUACAAAAAAGCAUUCUCUGUACCUUCUUUGCUUUAUGUCAAUCCCCAUCUGCUACAAAUAUCAAGGCCAAGUUGAGACAGUGCACAGCUGUUCAGGUAUUGGUUCAAUUAUGUGAACUCGAUAACCCAGAAGUACGGCCAAAUGCUGUUAAACUGUUAUCUCGCUUGACUGAUGAUGGCGAGGGGGCCACCAUCUUGGAGCACAUGGAUCAGAAGGAUGUUGAGACCUUAGUUAAGAUCAUUAAAUCUUCUACUGAUGAGGACGAGGUUGGUUCUGCAAUGGGUAUCAUCUCUAACCUGCCUGAAGACCCCCAGAUCACUCGAUGGUUUCUUGAUGCUGGAGCUCUUUCAAUCAUUUUUAAUUUUCUUCGUGAUACCAAGCAGAAAGGGCCUUGUAAGGAUCAGUUAAUAGAGAAUACUGUUGGAGCAGUAUGCCGUUUCACUGUUUCCACAAACCAGGAAUUACAAAAGAAAGCUGCUGAAGCUGGCAUUAUACCUGUUUUGGUUCAGUGGUUAGAACGAGGAACCAGCUUGACAAAAAAACGUUCAGCCAUUUCGCUUGCACAAUUUUCACGAAGUUCACCUAGACUGAGCAGAUCAUUACCAAAGAGAGGGGGGUUCUUGUGCUUCUCUGCCCCACCAGAAACUGGCUGCCCAGUUCAUCGAGGAAUCUGCUCGAUUGAAUCAUCGUUUUGCCUUCUAGAGGCUGAUGCAGUGGGCCCUCUCGUGAGAGUUCUUGCUGAAGCAGACCCACAAGCCUCUGAGGCUUCUUUUGAUGCGUUAUUGACAUUAAUUGAAGGAGAGCGAUUACAAAGUGGCAGUAAGGUGCUUGCAGAUGCAAAUGCCAUACCACUGAUAAUAAGAUCACUUGGUUCCUCCUCCCCUACAUUACAGGAGAAAGCUCUGAAUGCCCUAGAAAGGAUUUUUCGGCAGGUGGAGUUUAAACAAAGGUAUGGAGCCUCUGCACAGAUGCCUUUAGUUGACUUAACUCAGCGAGGAAGCAGUAGUACCAAAUCUUUGGCAGCCAGAAUACUUGCUCACUUGAAUGUGCUUCAUGAACAGUCUUCUUACUUUUAAAAGGAAGUUUACUCUCCUUUGAAGUAUAUACAUUCAUUCACAUGCUGAGGGGUUGAUGGCCAGACCCAGAACCCACCUUGAUGCCUUAACCCUGCUAGAAUCAUUGAACAGGUGGAGCAGGACUUGCAUGGGAAGAAAUGGAGCUUCACAUCUGCAAAACAAAACCCCACAUCCUCCUCUCUCCGCUGCAAGCAAGCACACUCUGAUUUUGGAAAUGGUUCGUGCUUCUUUACUGCUUGUAGUUGGAAAGCUUUGAUAUCUGGUAUGACUUGAAUCCAAUUUGUGAUAUGUCUGUAGAGAAAGUUAAGUUGUUGGAGGGUUGGGAGGUUGAUGUUGACUCAUUUUUUAUGCCACGGGAUCAAUUCUCUGUAUAAUUGAUGCUGGAUUCGUUUGUGGGUAGGAGGAGUUGGCUGGUGCGAUGUAAUAUUAUUUACAAUUGAAAUCUUUAUUGUUAUUCAUAGAACAGCUUAUAUGAUUCUCAAUGUAAAUGCGUUAACACA